AUGCCGCUGCCGUGUUGUUGUUCCCCGCAGUGGGUCGGCGCCCCGUGCGGCUCGCACGGCCCCUACGUCUUCUACAGGGCGUUCCGCUUCCAGCACCGUGGCGGCGGCCGGGCGCGGGUCCUCUCCCUCGGCGACUUCUUCUUCGUGCGGUGCCGCGCGGAGGAGCCUGCCUGCAUCGCGGAGCUGCAGCUGCUCUGGGAAGAGCGCACCAGCCGGCAACUUCUCUCCAGCGCCAAACUUUAUUUUCUCCCCGAGGACACCCCCCAGGGCAGGACCAGUGACCAUGGCGAGGAUGAAGUUAUUGCUGUUUCAGAGAAAGUUACUGUGAAGCUUGAGGACUUGGCAAAAUGGGCACAGUCCGAUUUCUCCAAGUGGAAGUGUGGUUUCCGGGCUGAGCCGGUCAAGCUGAUGGAUGUAGGGAAGAAUGGGCAGAAGGAAGCCUUAAUGAGAUACAGGCAAUCCACACUCAACAGUGGCUUGAACUUCAAAGACAUCCUGAAGGAAAAAGCGGACCUUGGUGAGGAUGAUGAAGAUUCAAACCUGCUCAUUCUCAGCUACCCACAGUAUUGUCGAUACCGUUCUAUGUUAAAGCGCAUCCAGGACAAGCCUUCUUCAAUACUAACAGACCAGUUUGUUUUAGCCUUGGGAGGAAUUGCAGUAACAAGCAAGAACCCCCAAAUCUUCUACUGUCGGGAUACGUUUGAUCAUCCUACACUAAUAGAAAAUGAAAGUAUAUGUGAUGAGUUUGCGCCAAAUCUUAAAGGCAGACCACGCAAAAAGAAGCCUUGCCCACAGAGAAGAGAUUUGUUAAAUGGCAUUAAGGAUUCCAACAAUAAUUCUGAAAGCAAAGCUGUUGCCAAGGUAAAAUGUGAGGCUAAGUCAGCUUUGCCCAAACCCAAGAGUAACAACAGCAACUGUAAAAAAGGCUCAAGUGAGGAUAAAUCAAAGAUUGCCGUAGGUGAAGAAUGCCGAGCUGAUGAGCAGGCUUUCCUUGUGGCUCUUUAUAAAUAUAUGAAAGAAAGGAAAACACCAAUUGAACGAAUACCCUAUUUAGGUUUUAAGCAGAUUAACCUUUGGACUAUGUUUCAAGCUGCUCAAAAACUGGGAGGAUAUGAAACAAUAACAGCCCGUCGACAAUGGAAACAUAUUUAUGAUGAAUUAGGUGGUAACCCUGGAAGCACAAGUGCUGCUACAUGCACUCGCAGACAUUAUGAAAGAUUAAUCCUGCCAUAUGAAAGAUUUAUUAAAGGAGAGGAAGAUAAGCCACUACCUCCAGUGAAACCUCGAAAACAGGAUAACAGUUCCCAGGAGAGUGAAGCAAAAACAAAAGUGUCUGGAACAAAACGCAUCAAAAAUGAAAACCAAAAGAGCAAGAAGGAAAAAGAUAAUGCACAGAAACCCCAAGAUGCAUCUGAGAUAUCAUCAGAACAAGAAAAGGAUCAAGAGUCAGCAGACCAUAAAAAUAUUCCCGAGCAUCCUACAGUGGGAGAGAUGAAACUACCUGUACAAGGCCCUCCAGCUCUUCCACCAGAUACAUCUCAGACAGUGCCUCUGGAAAAGACAGACCUGGCAGAAAACAGCACGAGCAGCGAGAAAACCAAAGAGGAAGUUCAGCACUCAUCCUCUUUCUCAAGUAUAUCUGUGUCCCCAGAAGAAGACACGGUGCUGGAUACCACCAUCACAAAACGAUUACACUCCCCAGCAGAUGACCUCGAAGAUACAAAGGCUGAACUGAGACUACAUAAAGCUUUUAAUGACAGCAUAGAAAGUGAACCUUCAGAAAUGCCCUUCACGGCUUUCCCGGUUCAGCUGCCCCCUCAGAGCGACACAGAAGAUGACAAAUUGCCAGAGAUGGCUGAUUACAUCGCAAACUGCACAGUCAAAGUGGACCAGCUGGGAAACGAAGAUAUCCACAACGCACUAAAGCAAACACCCAAAGUACUGGUAGUCCAGAACUUCGACAUGUUCAAGGAGAAGGAGCUGCCCGGGUCCCUGAAUGAUGACUCCACUUUUGGUUAUACACCACUGCUCUACUCAAAGGGUAAUCCAGGCAUCAUGUCACCCCUGGCAAAGAAGAAGCUGCUGUCGCAGGUCAGCGGGGCAGCCCUAUCGUGUAGCUAUCCUUACGGUUCUCCUCCACCUUUGAUAAGCAAAAAGAAACUGAACAGCAGAGAUGAACUGUCCUCAGGCAUAUCGCAAGGUCCCCAUGCCCCUAAUUCUGAUCCUGUAGCAAUCAAUAGGCCCUCAGUCAUACAACACGUGCAGAGUUUUAAAACCAAGGAAGAAAGGAAAUCAAUUAACAACAUUUUUAAACAUGACAUGCUAAGUAAACCGGAUCUUCAGCGCUGUGAUUUUUCCAAACAUCACCUCAGUUCUCUUGCCGAUUCAUAUGUACCGAAGAUGGAUAUCCAGGACUGCAAAGAUAAAAUGAGUGAGAAAAGGGCACUGCAACACUCCCAUGUGCCCACUUUCUUGGCAGAUUUUUAUUCAUCACCUCAUCUGCACAGCCUUUAUAGGCACACAGAACACCACCUUAAUAAUGAACAGACAUCAAAGUACCUCCCCCGGGACAUGUUCAGAGAAUCUGAAAAUACUUCUAAUUUUACUCAACACAAACACCAAGAAAAACGAAGUUUAAAUUAUUGCCCAUCAUUGCAUCCGCAAGAAAAAAAGGCAGCGGUGGAGGCCUCUUCAGAUGAUCAGCCAACAGAUUUGAGUCUUCCAAAGAGCAUACACAAACAGACUGCAAAGGCUCCAGGCUCCAGCCUCCCUCAUUCAUCCAUGGUCCAGCAAGAAAGCAAAGGCAUCUCCCUAUUCCAAGCUGCAAGCAGCCCAGCAGUGAGCCUAGAUUGUAACCCCAAAGCCUGCCGUGUGUCCCCCAUGGCCAUGACGGCUCCAAAAAAACACAGUGAGUUACUCCACAGAUCUGGGAAGCAGCAGGCCCAGAGGCUGGAGAAUCUGAGGAAGAUGGAGGGGAUGGUGCAUCCUAUAAUCGGCCGCAGAACGAGCCCUCAAAACGUGGGGGCUGCCCGGCCCUUGAAACGGAGCCUGGAGGAUUUGGACAAAGUUAUUUCUGAAAAAAAGAUCCGAGCUGUCUCUCCUAUGCACUUACCAAAGGAGACCUCGGCAAAAGACAAGGUUCUCGACCCAGAGGGAGAAGGCAGCAAGCCAGUGCAUGGCCCCCAUUCUGGCAGCAUGCUAGAAAGCCACAAAUUUCCCCUUUCAGGCCCCAUCUUCCCAGGCUUGUACCCAGGAAGCCUGUGCACAGGGCUGAACAGUCGCCUGCCACCUGGGUAUUCUCAUCCCCUGCAGUACUUGAAAAAUCAGACCGUGCUCUCCCCACUAAUGCAGCCAUUGGCUCUUCACUCCUUUAUGGUGCAGAGACAAUUCCUCACAUCCCCUGCAAAUUCUCAGCAACUGUACAGACACUUAGCUGCAACAACACCUGUAGGAAGUUCCUACGGUGACCUUUUGCAUAACAGCAUUUAUCCUUUAGCUGCUAUAAACCCUCAAGCUGCGUUCCCACCUUCCCAGCUAUCCUCUGUACAUCCCAGCACAAAACUGUAA